AUAAGGGGCGAACUCCUAGACGGAGAAGACAUCGUCGACUUGUGGACCUCACGAGACUCCGACUCGACGCCCUCCUCCGCCUCUCCUCUUCGCGACUCAAGUCACCACUCGGCUCACCAUGACCUCCUCGGCGUUGCUGCUGCUUUCCGCUAAACAGACGCGACCCAUGUCGAGGGUCCCCAUCCUCUUUCUGCGGGGUCCGGGCUGCAGGGGUCUCCACAGCGCGACCGGGGGCAGUGGAGCCCAGCUCAGAGAGAAACCUCAGCUCCAGCAGCAGCCGGAGGAACAUUUUCAGCAGCAGCAGCAGCAACGGCGUCCACGGGAGAAGCCCAAGGGCAACUUCUCGCAGUCGCUGGCGCAGCUCACGGCCGGGCUGGGCCCCGAGCACGCGAGCCCCGUGGCUCGGAGCCGCGCCUCCCGCAUGAUGCUCGACGCUGUCGGCGUGGGGCUCCUGGGCGCCCGCACCGAGGUGGCGCAAAUCGCGCGGAGCCACGGGGAGCGCCUCUCGGCAGGGGGCCCCUGCACGGCGUGGGGGUCCAGCGGGGUCCGACUCUCAGCCUCGGCAGCGGCUUUCGUCAACGGGGUCUCGAUCCACGCGAUGGACUUUGACGACACGUGGCACCCCGCCACGCACCCGUCGGGCUCCCUGCUCCCCGCGCUCCUCGCCGCGGCCGAGGCGGCGCCUGCGGGGCAGAAGCCCUCGGGGCUGCAGCUGAUGCUCGCGUUCCUCGUGGGCGUCGAGGUGCAGGGACGCCUGCUGCGCUGCUCGCGCGAGGCCAACGACAUCCCCAAGAGGUUCCACCCCCCCACCGUGGUGGGCACGAUCGGCGCGGCCGCGGGCUGCGCGCGGCUGCUGGGGCUGGACGAGGCGCGGUGCCUCCACGCCCUCGCCAUCGCGGCGUCGUUCGCGGGCGCCCCGCUGGCGAACGCGGCCACCCAGGCCAAGCCGCUGCACGCGGGCCACGCGGCGCGCAUGGGGCUCGAGGCGGCGGCGCUCGCGGCCUCGGGGCUCCACGCCAACGAGGCGAUGUUCGACCUCGCCGAGAGGGGCUUCGGGGCCUUCUACCCCGACUACGAGACCCCGCGCACCCCGCUGGACCCAUGCGGGGGGGCCCCCCUCCUGCUGGAGCAGCAGGACGUCGCCUUCAAGCGCUUCCCCGCGCACCUGGGCACGCACUGGGUGGCGGACGCGGCGUGCGCGCUGCGGGAGCGAAUCGCCUCGGUGUGCGGGGGCCACGUGGACACGGCGCUCAUCGAGAGCCUCGUGCUGCACGUGCCGCGCAGCGCCUACGUGGAUCGCGCCUUCCCCGCGGACGAACACGAGGCGCGUCACUCCUUCCAGUUUGUGGGCUGCUCGGCGCUCCUGGACGGCGCCGUGACGCGCGCCUCCUUCGAGGCCCCCGCGCGCUGCCGCCCCGCGCUGCGCUCCCUGCUCGAGCGGACGCGCCUCGAGCACCCGCGGGACAACGUGCCGAGCUUCGCCCUCAUGUACGCCGAGGCGAGCGCCUCGGUGCGCGGCCUCGAGGUGUCCGCGCGCUGCGACUCCUUCCUGGGCCACUGGCGGCAGCCGCUGGGCCGCGAGGCGCUGCUCGGGAAGUUCGCGAGGAACGCGGCCGAGGGCGGCGUCGGCGAAGCGAGGGCGGCGGCCGCUGCCGCGCUCCUGGAGGGGGUCGAGGAGCUGAGCGACGCCUCCGAGAUCUGCCGCCUCCUGCACUGAGAGGAGCGGGGGAGGGGGGAGGGGGGAGGGAGGGGGGUGGGGAGAGAGGUGGGGAGCUGCUUGACGCCUCCUGUAUUAAGAGGAGCGGGGGGUGUGGGAGGGAGGGGGGAUGGAGAGAGGGGGGGGGAGAGCUGCUUGACGCCUCCUGCACUGGGAGGGGUGAUAGGGGGACCUCAGGUGCUGAGGAUUUAUCUUCAAUGCACUCACGUGCAUUUCUGUAAUUUAUUUGUCAAAAAUAGGGAGAGCGAGAGGCAAUCAACUGCAGUAUAUAAAAUGACUGAAGUACACAGUUACAGUAUACUUAUACUGCAGCAUAAGUAUAUGUAUACAGUAUACAUAUUCUGUAGCGUGCAUAUGGUCUGGCGGGCGGGUCCCGCGUUUCGGGCAGGUUCUGGGGAAUUUCCGACCUGGUCACAGCUGCUGGUAUCUCAGCUGUUGGCUGAGUUCACGCGAAGUGGACUGCAAUUUAUAGAUGUGUUCAUUGCAAGAGAGAGAGCGGAUACAAUCGUGCAGUUUCACUAUAAAUCACAUCGAGCUCCAUCGGCCUGUCGGACCAAUGUUAUACCCGGCAGCAUUUGCUUAAGCGGAAAAAAAACCUUGACCCGAUUUCGACUGCUGUGUCCCAGCGUCCUUUGCUCGUCUCGCACUCGCCUUCUGUGUAGCGAAGUUUGCUUCAGCUACAUCGGCGAACCGCAACUGGCGUGGAUGAAAAACCAAAUGAGCGUACAAGAGCACGAAUUUCGUUUUUAAAAUAUUUAAAAUAGUAGGUAGAUAAUAAUGAGAUGGGUACAAGUUGGUGUUUGUUUUUUUCUCAUGAUAUUUGAAUUGUGAGAAGAGGAUUUUAUUGGUGUGGAUGUAUAUAAACGUGUCAUCGUGAGCGGUGUAUAACUCAUGAUUUUAUGAUAAUAAAAUAUUUGAUGAAAACGUGA